AUGAUUGUUGGCCUGAAAACCUUCCUGGCUUCUCUUCCACUGAUCGCAUUCACGUCUCGACGGGUGAAUAACAUGCCGCUACUUCCGAAAGACGAUGACUCGACCCGUAACAGCAAUAAUGGAGUGAAUGGAGUGAAUAAACAAGAUUCGAAUGCUAUUCCAAAAGCCAAUGCGAGCCCCACAUAUGACACGGCCUAUGAAAAUGGCCCUCAACUUUCCUCAGUUAGGGCAUCCACACAAGAAAAAAACGGAAAGAGCAGGAUCAGAGACAAGUAUGAAGCUUUCCCACGAAUCUCUCUGCCUGUGGAGCUCAUGCGAAGCUCCUACGAUGUUGUGGUGAUAGGAUCGGGCUAUGGGGGUGGUGUUGCUGCGAGCAGGAUGGCACGUGGAAGGCAGAGCGUUUGCGUCCUGGAGCGAGGCAAAGAGAGGUGGCCUGGUGAAUUUCCCGAGACCACAGUAGAUACGCUCAAAGAACUCCACGUCAGCGGUGAGUUUGCGCCGGGGGAUCGGAGAGGCAUACCUGGAAAAUUGGUCGACAAAGGAAAGCCAAAUGGUCUCUACCAAUUUGUGGUUGGAGAGGGACAGAAUGUAUUUCUGGGAAAUGGGCUAGGUGGGACGAGUUUGUUAAACGCAAACGUCUUCUUGAAAAGCCAUCCGGAUGUACUGAACAUGGAAAUCUGGCCGGAAGAGUUGAGAGGAAAGAGCUCAUGGGAGAAAUAUUACGAACGUGCGAGGCAGGUUUUGGAACCAGUCGAAUAUCCAAUCAGCUUUCCUGAACUCGCAAAAGCGAAUUUAUUGAAAAAGCAAGCGGAGCUGAUGGGAUGGAGCGAUAAGUAUUAUCGCGUGCCACAGACAACCCGGUUCGAAGACGGCCCAAAUUCAACAGGAGUUUACAUGCGAGCCUCACAGCUGACAGGAAUGGACGCCACUGGAAUCAAUGAUGGAAGUAAAUCCACUACCCUGGUGAAUUACAUGAGUGAUGCAUGGAACUGGGGAGCUGAGAUAUUCUGCAACUGCGAAAUUCGAUACGUCACAAAGGCACCAGAAGAUCGGGGAGGCUACAUCGUGUAUUUCGCGUGGCAUUCUUGCAACCGAGAUCGAUUUACGACAUUCUUUGAUGAUCUCAUGUGGGUUCACGCGAAGAAGCUUGUAUUUUUUGGCGCUGGGAGCAUUGGAACAACAGAAAUCCUGCUACGGAGUAAACAGAUGGGCCUCGAUAUCAGCGAUGACCUCGGGUCUGAAAUGAGUGGGAACGGUGACAUGUUGGGGUUCGGAUACAACACCGACUUUGAAGCUAAUACUAUCGCUCGUUCUAUCCCUUCACCAGAUAGGCCAGUCGGACCAUGUAUAACAUCAGUUCUGGAUCUUCGAGACCAGGCAAAUCCCCUCGAUGGCUUUGUGGUUGAAGACUGUGCGAUUCCUCAGGCUCUAUCUCCAAUCAUGUUUUCCAUGAUGGAGCAUUUGCCUACAUCUCGAUUUUCAACCGAUAAUAUACUCGAAAGAAUCACCAAAGCUCCUAGUCGAAUAAAAGGGAAGCUACUCGGGCCAUAUUUUGUCGACGGGAGCGUGCAGAAGACCGCUGUUUAUUUGAUCAUGUCGCAUGAUAGUAGUCAAGGGAGGAUGGAACUGAAGAACGACAAACCAGUGUUGACUUACUCCGGCGUCGGCAGGUCCAAGUCGGUUUCCCGGAUACAUGAGAUAUUGAAUGCAAUGACCACCUCUGUUGGCGGAAGAUUUGUCGAGAACCCUGCAUGGUUACUGCUUGGAAAGCAGGAGAUUACCGUACAUCCUAUUGGUGGAGCACGCAUCAGCAAAGACAACAGCGGUAAUAAUGGGGUCGUGAAUCAUAUGGGAGAGAUCUUCCAAGGUAACACAGAAAAUAAGCAUCGCGGGCUCAUCGUUUGUGAUGGAUCUGCCAUUCCUGCAGCUGUCGGUGUCAAUCCCUUUGCCACAAUCACAGCUUUUGCAGAAAGAUCAGUGGAGCUUGUUGCCCGGGACCACGGCAUCAGCGUGGAUCUCGAAACGAAAAAUGGCCUUUUGGAUAUGUUUGGAAAGCCCGCACACCCGUUCCCGAAGAGCCCAGAUAUAGAGGACCUCGAGAGUAGAAUUGCACAGGCUGCCGAAAACAGCACUCCUGGCUUGAUUUUCUCCGAGGUAAUGUCGGGUUUCAUAUACGCAGGUGCUGAUGUCGGUGACUUUGAUGUUGCUGCAAAACGCGCUCGAGGGCGAUGCGAAUCGGCGCGGUUCCUUCUCAGUACAAGAUCUUGGGAUACUAAUCAACUGCUAAAUGAUGAUCAACAUUCGGCUACUUUGACUGGUACCUUCUCAUCAAGCGCACUAGGGGGUAUCUUUAUGGUUCUUCGCGGAACUUUCCGAUUGUUCAAUCAAGAUCCGCGUCAGCCUGAGACGGCGAACCUGACAUACGACUUUGACAUGAUAUCUCCCGCGGGAAGAAUAUUACAUUUCAAUGGUUUCAAAGUUGUCAACAGUGCUGCAUAUUUAAACCCCGUCGAGACCUGGAGACAGACAACCACACUAUACGUGACAAUCACAGAUAGAGCCCACGAGGUUGUUGGUAGAGGUACUCUUCAUAUACAACCAUCAGACUUCUCUCAAGAACUGCACACUUUUGAGCCAACUGGUCGGAACAUUUUGAGUCAGAUCGGAUCAGGACUUGGAUUUCUUGGGUACUUCACAAAGGCCCUCAGUGUUGCGUUCUUUUCGCCUCUCGGUAAGCUUCAGUGGCCGUCAACGGGCGUCAAUAUUACUCGGGGAGAAACGCGCUACUCGUCAACAAUUCAGACCGUUGCGUCCGAUGGAGUCAAAUCGACAAUGUUGAUGUGGAAUCCCAUUGCGAAUAAUAAAGAGAUUGUCGGGAAAGCACCAACAAUUCUCUUCAUUCCUGGGGCAGCUGUCGAUCAUACCAUCUUCGCCCUUCCUACGAUCAAGAAGAAUGCCAUUGAAUAUUUCCGUGAAGCAGGAUACCGUGUUUAUUGUGUCAUCCAUCGUAUCGGUCGGACUCCUGUCGCCAAAAAGGGGUACACUCCUUAUGACACACGACGGGAUGUCCAUGCGGCUCUGGCUCAUAUUCGCAAGCUGAGCGCCACUUCCGACUCAGAGAACGUCGCAAAGACUUAUGUGAUAGCACAUUGUGCGGGGUCGGCCGCGCUCGCAUGUGGCUUACUCGAUGGCACGAUUCCUGCCGAUUGGAUAAAGGGAAUCACAGCCUCUCAGGUCUUCAUGACCCCAAAAUUUGGGAAGGUCAACAGCUUGCUGUCACGAAUUCCCACGUCGAUGUACAGUGGUAUCAUCGGCUCAUACUGGGACUGCUCCAGUAGUAAAAAUGACAAUCUCAUACAAAAGUUCUUAAACCAAGCCUUGCGAUUCUACCCGGCAGGCGAUGCCCGCGAAUCGUGUCGGUCGGUUGUGUGUCAUCGAAGUGAAUUUGUAUUUGGCCGCCUUUGGCCCCAUGAGAAGUUGAACGAGGAGACACAUUCGCAACUUGAGCGGUUUUUGGGAGGCAUUUCCAUGACCACUUUAGACUGGCUCACGAAGAGCGGAUCUGUGGGUUCCGUGACCACAAAUGGACCUGCAUUCACGGAACUUGUCACACCAGGAAAUCUUAAACGUCUGAAGGGUAUUCCUAUCCUGUUCCUCUCGGGGUCCGAAAAUGUGGUGUUUGUCCCAGAGAACACGGAUAAUUCUUAUACCACUCUUUGCAACACACAUGGAAGAAAAUGGUAUGAACGAGAGGUCUUUCAGGGACGAGGCCACUUGGAUCAUUGGAUGGGAUCAACUGCAUAUGAAGAUGUUUAUCCGAGGGUAAGGCGACAUGUCGAUAUGUUAUUGCUGGAUUAA